UAUUUUCUUUCUCUCUAGGCGUCGGAUCCCAUUCCAGCCAAGAAGUCUAAACAUGAAGACUUCCCAUCGCUAACCCUGUCCGAGAAGCAACCGGAUUGGCUACGAUCCCUCUCGGCUUCGGCCAAUAAGGGGCUCAACUGCUUCCAGCCCAGACAGAGGCCCUCGGCUUUCAGGCCCUGGUCCCCUAACCUCUCAGCUGGGGACAAAGACAUGCCCAGCCGCCCUCUGGCUCUCCUGAGAGACAGCCUUUACAACUUCAAGACCAUGGAGAACGCUGUGUCCCCAAAUGUGGCCCUCACACCCCCACCCCUGACAAAGGCAGGGCCCCUGUCGCCGUCCGUGCCUAGCACCUCCCACCCCAGUGCCGGCAAGGCCCCAGGAAAGGGGGCCAGCCCCAUAUCCAGGACCCGGAAGAGGAGGGCCACAGGGGAGCUCCCGCACCCAAGCCACGAGCCCCCCUGCUCCCCUUCGGCUGCAGCCAGCAAGCUCCCACCCCAGGAGAACAAGGACUCAGAAGUGGAUAUUGAGGUGGAGAGCCGAGAGGAAUUCACAUCAUCCCUGUCCUCCCUCUCCUCCCCAACCUUCACCUCCUCCAGCUCUGCCAAGGACAUAAGCUCGCCCAGCGCCCAGGUCCCAGUGUGUACGGUGACGUCGGCGGUGUUGAGCCCCGAGGACGGCCCUCUCGCAGGGGUAGCAGCAGCAGCAAUGGCGGUGGUGUUGGCCCCUGAGGGGCCCGGGCCGGGGGGUCUGGAAUCAGAGUUGGAGAUCCUGAGGCAGGCGCUGGACAGCGGGCUGGACUCCAAGGAGUCUAAGGAGAAGUUUCUGCAUGAGAUCGUCAAGAUGCGGGUGAAGCAGGAGGAGAAGCUGGGCUCAGCCCUGCAGGCCAAACGCAGCCUUCAACAGGAGUUGGAGUUCCUGCGAUUGGCUAAGAAAGAGAAGCUCAGGGAGGCCACGGAGGCCAAGCGGAACCUGAGGAAGGAGAUUGAGCGCCUUCGUGCCGAGAGCGAGAAAAAGAUAAAGGAGGCAAACGAGUCGCGCGUGCAUCUGAAGAGGGAGCUGGAGCAUGCCCGGCAGCUCAGAGUGUGUGACAAGGGCUGCGAGGCAGGUCGCCUGCGCGCCAAGUACUCCACACAGAUCGAGGACCUGCAGAUGAAGCUCCAGCAUGCCGAGGCGGACCGCGAGCAGCUCCGGGCAGACCUACUGCAGGAGCGGGAAGCCAGGGAACACCUGGAGAGAGUGGUCAAGGAGCUGCAGCGGCAGCUGUGGCCCAAGGAGCAGAACACGCCUAACGAGGACAACCCCGUCAACAACUAACCCUUCCCAUGAACAACCCCUCGCCAAUCCCCCACUAUCAGCACCCAAAAUAAAACUACGCCUGAGACCACCGACACAGAAUAGAGAAAAGUAGAAAUAUCAAACCUCUGUGUGUGCGUGUAUCCAUCCUCACACAGAGUGCUUGGAUGCAUCCUUGGAGAGAGAAACAAAGGAAAUCAAACUUGGUAUUUGUACAUUUGUACCAAGUUGUUACUAGUUGUUGGUAUUUGUAAAUGUACCAAGUUGUUACUAGUUGUUGGUAUUUGUACAUGUACCAAGUUGUUACUAGUUGUUGGUAUUUGUACAUGUACCAAGUUGUUACUAGGACAAGCACUGAAACGCACCUCUCCUCCACAAACUGAAAAUUGGAUCGGAAGAAAAUAUAUAUAUAUAUAUAUAUAUUUAGCACAACAUUUUGUUGAGCCUGUAUUUUCUGAGACAGAAACUGGUGAACAUUUUGGAUAAAAACUUUUCUAUGAUAAAAAAAAAAAAGAUAACAAUACAAUAAUUUUACAACUGGCCUGUUUAGAGACAAAAUGGAGGGCUGUCAAAAUGGCAGAGGAGCCAGGAAGUAAGACUGGACUCCUCAGGCGUGCCCCAGCAGGGCUUCUGCUUCGUUUCCUGUGAAGAAGUUGGAGAAUUUCAUGACCUUAUAAGCUAUUUAAGAGACUGCAUAACGAUAUGUAAAAGAAAAUGUACGAAAACAUUUUCUUUGCUUCUUUGUGCUAUAAGAGCUUGGAGACAAAAAAAAUAUGGAUUUAUAAAAAAUAUUAACAGACAGCAAGCAAGACAAACUACCACCAGUGCCAUCAUGGUUAGUCGGUGUGUAGAGGAGGCCAUUCUGAUCCAUUGAGGAAAAGUAUAACGCUUGUCUACUAUUCCAUUAAUACAUCAUGAAGUUUACUAUGGAAGGGGUCAGAGGAUUGCAUUGGACUAGAUGUUUUCUCUCUUAGACACGGGUGCUGUAUCUGUGUGUUCUGGCACACCUCUUAGAGUGAGCAUUUCAUUUAGAUAUUAACAACAAGAGAUGUUCACACAAGCACACCGAAACAGCAUACACACUUGUCUUCAUUAUGUGUUUGUGAGCAUUUGGGUUAAAACCCAAAAGUCUUAUCUUAUAAAGAUAAACUUUGUGAUAAUUUUGUAUCUGGGUGCAAUCUGAAGCCCAGAUUUGUACACAUGACUUCUGCUGGGUUUCCCCCUGGGACUGUUGGUUAAAACUAGCUGAACCCGGCUUUACUGCUUUCCAUUUGAUUAGCGAGAGUUGGCAUGACUUGCUCAAAUGAAGAUCGAAAAUACAAUUUUUGAAUACUAUGAUUUUAGGGCUGGAAGUGGCGCCUUUAGCCAGAACCACAACAUUUUAUUUUUUAAUUAAAUGAUGGUAUGUAAAUAUAUAUAUAUAUAUAUGUGUUUUUUUUUUUAUACAAUAAUGAAUCGCACUUUGUCAUUACAAAAUACUGUUAUAAUGCCUUAUACUCCCAUUAUUGUCUUCAAUCUUACAUUGGAGAGGAUAUAUCCAUGACAACAACAAUACAAAUCCAAGUGAGCAUUUCGUUAUUAUAUGCAACUCAUUUAAAUGCAAUGUAAUCAUGUGUUUAAGACAAAAUAUUGUAAAUAAAAAGAGAGAAAAGGGGUCUACAUGCUUGCUUGCUGAUACAGUUUGGCACUAAUCAUACCAUUUGUGUUGUCAAUUAACAAUUAAAGACAGUGGGAUGUAGGGUUGCAAAAGAGAAAAUGUCAUGGGCGCCCAACUCUCCUAAAAUGUUGCUAUUUAUUAAUAGGACAACGAUUCAUCCACGUUCCAAGGUGUGAAACACAGUGCUUUUAGACCAAUCAUGUUCCAAGGUGUGAAACACAGUGCUUUUAGACCAAUCAUGGGAAGGCAGUGAUUAUGACAGUCUGAAGACACAUUGCUCAUAUAUUUACCAGAAAAAAAAAACAUAAAGAGGAUUAAUAAAAAAUGAUAUAGAUGAUUAAUAAAAAAUACAUUUUCUAAUGCUCCAGUUUAGAAUGGGAACAAUGCUAAUUACAAUGUACAUUGUGUUUAUGCUUUUUUCCUUUGGUUGUUGAUGUUGUUGUUUUAAAUGUGGGAUAUUUUUAUGGCUUGUUUCUUAUGUUCCUUUUUUUCCAAUAGAAAACUCAUAUAUUUUCAUUCAUAUGCAUGACAUUUGAGAAGGUUUGCCAUGCAUAUAGUCAUUAUUGGGCAUUGAUACUGUACAUGUAAGGAUUGUAAUUGUGUUGUACAGCAAGCCUGUCUUUUCUAGAAGAAUCUAACCAUGUUCAUUACAUAGUUCAACAAAAAUAACUUUACACGUACACGCAAAAAAACACAACCUGAAGUUCCAACACAAUGCUGGACAACCUCAAGUGCCUGAAAGUGGGCAGAGGGUUUUCCAGAUCAGGAACACUGGCGAUGAAGUAACUGUUUGUAUUUGGCCUCAGUAGGAACGUGCUCAAGAGUCAACUCCACCCAUGGGAUGUCAUUACCGUCAUAGUGCAGAUGUCACGCCUGUCACACAGUGCAGACACUGUCGACGGAGGGGACAUUUUCAUUCUCUCUUCUCUCUGCACUAUCCCUCUGGAUAGGCCUGACUUGACUACAUGGCUCAAGCUACAAGAUGCAGCUUUUUCCCCCCAGUAUUUCUAACCCAAUGCAGUUUAAGGCGGUAAUUACAUUUACUCUUCUUCUUUUUGAGCAGAAACAAUUUAACGACUUAUAAUUGUAAAAAAAAAAAAAAAAAAUCUAAUGAGGCAUUUUGAAUGAUCCCUUUAAUUCAUUCAGAAAUGUUCUUUUUGAGAUAUGCAUGUCAACAGAUACCAUAGCUAUGCGGUAUUAUGAGGUUCACUCUAGGUUGUAGAAAACGAUGACCUACCAUUUUUAUGUGAUUUGGUCUGUCUAUCCAAAGGUGGACAUCUCUAACUAGUGAAGAAGGCAUUAUGUCCAAGCCCCAUGUCUUAACAAACAUUAGAAAGGCCAAUGUUAUUUAGAGACUGACACUGAGUCUGUGACUUUUGCAGACCUAAAAUUGGUACAUUUUAUAGUUGUUUUUACACUCGAGUGAAUUGAUAUUUGUAGUUUCCUUUUCAUGGUUUUCUACAACAAAAAAGGGAGAAGAUGAUGACAUUGGCUCUUUGCUCCCAAGUAAAAGAAAAAAACUGAUAAAUGAUUUAUUAUUUUUUAAAUAAGAACCAUUUUGCUAAAUGGAGGACAAAGAAGAAGCAAUAACAGUAGAACAUAUAAAACUAGCCAGUGUGAAUAUUUAAAAAUAAGAAUUUACAAGUGUAUAUAAUCUUUCAUUUUUACAAUAUUGUAUUAUAUAUGUACAUGGUGUUUCUUUUUUAUCCAAAACAAAUCUUUUCUCACAGCUAUCUUGUUUUGUUUUGGCUUGUGUUUUAACCAAUGUUUCAAAAACAGUUAUUGCAUUAGAGAAUAUUCUCUAUGUAGAUGUAAACAUGUUUAUGUUUAUGUAAACAUGUUGCUUAUCCAAUUAUUUUGAUUUUUAUUUUACUGUAAGGUCUUUAUAUUGAAAUACUUUUUUCAGCAGUUCCUUAUAUUUUUUACAAUAUAUUCAAUAUCAGAUAGUGUACAGUGCCUUCAGAAAGUGUUCAUACCCCUUGACUUAUUCCACAUUUUGUUGUGUUCCAGCCUGAAUAAAACAUGUUUUAAAUAUAUGUUUUGUCUCACCCAUCUACUCACAAAACCCCAUAAUGACAAAGUGAAAACAUGUUUUAGACAAUUCUGCUAAUUUAUUGAAAAUGAAGUACAGAAAUAUCUUAAUUUACAUAAGUAUUCUCAUCCCCGAGUCAAUACUUUGUAGAAGUACCUUUGGCAGCAAUUCCAGCUGUGAGUCUUUCUGGGUACGUUUCUAAGAACUUUCCACACCUGGAUUGUGCCACAUUUGCCCAUCAUUAUUUUUUUUUAAUCUUCAAGCUCGGUCAAAUGGGGUGUUGAUCAUUGCUAGACAACCAUUUUCAGGUCUUGCCAUAGAUUUUCAAGUAGAUUUAAGUCAAAUCUGACUCGGCCAUUUAGGAACAUUCAGUGUUUUCUUAGUUAGCAACUCCAGUGUAGAUUUGGCCUUGUGUUUGAGGUUAUGGUCCUGCUGAAAGGGGAAUACAUCUCCCAGUGUCUGGUGGAAAGCAGACUGAACCAGAUGUUCCUUUAGGAUUUUGCUUGUGCUUAGAACCAUUCUGUUUCUUUUUUAUCCUGAAAAGUCCUUAACGAUUAUAAGCAUACCCAUAACAUGAUGCAGCCACACUAUGCUUGAAAAUAUGGAGAAUUGUACUCAGUAAUAUGUUGUAUUCAGGACAAAAAGUUAUUUCACUCUGUCAAUUAGGUUAGUAUUGUGGAGAACUACAAUAUUGUUGAUCCAUCCUCAGUUGUCUCCUAUCACAGCCAUUAAACUCUAUACUUUUUUAAAAGUCA